AUGUCUGUCUCAAGGUUGAAGGCGUGGCUCGGGGCCGGUCUGUUGGCGACGGCGCAACUCGCCUCAGGUUACGCUCUUGACCUGGGUUCAAAGGAAUCCGUCGAAGCUGUCACAUCCACUCUUUCUUCUCUGGCCUCCAACGCCCCCAGACUUGCCCUGAAGCUCACACCAGAGGGCUUGAAGAAGCAGCUGGAGGAUCCCGAGUUCAUCGCCAGCUUGGUUUCAGGGGUUGAGAGUCUGAUUGAUGGCCUCAACACUGGCCGCCACAGACGUCGGCUCACACCCAACGUCGCGCCCCUUGUUCCUCAGGAGCAUCGUCCCAGCGCGGCUCUUCGGAAGCGUCUCGACGUGGAUGGUGUCCAGAUCCCAAGCUUCGAGGAGUGGUUUCAGAUCGACAUUGACGAUCUUGGACUGAGCGCUAUCUCCACCGCCAGCUCCAAAUCCGGCAAGGAGGCGCCCCCUGCACUCUCCAAGCUGACGCUGGAACUUAUUCACCGACUGAACAAGCUUGACACUGUUGCCAGUGUCCACGCUUUGCAGCAAGGUCCACCUCCUGCUGUUAAUCCUAAUGAUGACCCUCGCAGCGGAAAUCAGGGGUAUUUGAACGCUGCCCCUCAGGGUAUCAAUGCCCGCUACGCUUGGACAAUCACUGGUGGUGACGGUGCCAGAGUUGGUAUCGUUGACAUGGAGCAGGGAUGGAACCUCAACCACGAAGACCUUCGUGCUGCCAACAUCACCCUCAUUUCUGGCCGCAACAGGGACUAUCCCGACCACGGCACUGCCGUCCUGGGCCAGAUGCUCAUGGCAGACAACCAAAUCGGUGGUGUCGGCAUCGUCCCCGCCGCCAAGGGCCGAGUGAUCUCUCAGUCUCGUCCCGAUGGCUCGUACAAUACGGCUGCGACCAUCUUGGACGCCUGCAACAACAUGGCCAGCGGUGAUAUCCUCCUGCUUGAAGCUCAAGAGUUCGACCCCGUGGGCGGCCAAUACUACUGGCCCGUGUCGGUGGCUGACGCGAAUCACGAGGCCAUCCUCGUCUGUACCGGCAGGGGAAUCAUCGUUGUCGAAGCGGCGUGCAACGGCGGGAAUGACUUGGAUGUCUACCGCAACCUGUCCAACAAGCGCAUCUUCAACCGCGCAUUCCCCAGCGAAUACCGCGAGUCCGGUGCUAUCAUGGUCGGAGCGUCCAGCGCGUCGGUUCCCCAUUUCCGGCUGGGCUACUCCAACCACGGCAGCCGUGUUGAUGUCUACGGCUGGGGCGAGAACAUCGAUACCACUUUUACCAACGCCGAUGGCACUGCCAACAACCUGUACACCACCGGCUUCAGCGGCACAUCCGGGGCUAGUCCGAUUAUUGUUGGUGCUGCCGCCGCCGUUCAGGGUAUUGCCCAGGCGAGACUUGGUCGCAAGCUGAGCCCUGCGAGAGUCAGGACUAUUCUGACCACCUCUGGCACCGCCAGCCGCACUCCCUCUUCUGAUCGCAUUGGUGUUCUGCCUAAUCUCAAGGCCAUUAUUGACGGUGGGCAUAUCAGAGUGUAGACGGGGUACGGAGUGACUGGAUGGAUAGUGGAUAGAGGCGUUUCUUGGGAUUUUCGACGAGAUCUUGGGUAGAUUAUGAGUUGGAAAGAAUGAUUAUUAUCAGAUAAAUGUUAUUACCCAUUGAUCCUUUGCACUUGCUGAUUUGCCCCCCCAUCACCUCGACGCUGGUCCGCAGCUGUACUCCCACUUCUCACACUCCUGCUCCAUCUUGCUGAGCUUGCCGUAGACCUGCUGAAUCUCGUACCUGUCCAGCUUCCCUGGGUCGCACUGCUUGACGACCAGUAGUCCAUCUUGUAUCAUAUCCAAGAAAUCAUGCAAAAACCCGGUGCAUGCUGGGUUGGCGUGUAGUCUCUUGAUGAACUAGAAAUGGUAUUGGGAACUGGUCUUUGAAUGGGGAAUGUGAGAGGAGAUGGGAAACUCGGUGACAGCCGGCUUGACUAUUCCCUUGAGACCCCCUCUUUUCUGCCCUUCCAUGCUGUGGUCCUCCUCGAUCAUGAAGAAGGCAUCGCUGGUGAUCUCAGGUGGAAUGAGACCACCACCGUACAAGAUGUCCAGUUUUGUUCUGUGCUUCAGACUUUCAGCGCUAAAGGGCCCUGCUCUAAGCUGUGUGAAUUCGUCGAGGAGCUUUUUCCCUCCCAUGAGCCAAGUGACAAACUCUAGGUACAAACAUCCAAGCGUCCACAUAUCGUACUGGCGGCCUUUUGGAUCUUGGUUGGAAGGAAGAUCGCACUCGGGUGCUCGAUAGUUGUAGGUCAUUCCGACAUGAGAGAGUGGCUUUCGGGAUAUGGUGCGAUGAGAAGAUGUGGAAGCCAGGCCAAAGUCUGUGAGCUUGAGGGUACCUCGACUCUUCCAUGUGGAACAAUGAUUCUGAGUUGGGCCAUCUUGAGCAUUGUCUAAAAAGACCAGCACAU